AAUAGCAUGAAACUAAUAUUUGUAUGAAGUACAUAUAGUAUUUAUUUUUAUUUUCAAUACACAUUUUUAUAGCUCUAAUUUAAGUCAUCGAGCACUUUUUGAAAGUAUGUGCAAAACAACAUCAGUACACACAUAUAUAUGUAUAUAUGAAUAUAUUAGUUUAAAUAUAAUGAUCUUAUGAAAGUCAACCAUGUCUGUUUCUACCUACACAUCUAGUAAAGGUGAUGGUGACUUGCAUCAUCAACAAAAUGACUAUGCUAGGUUGCGCAACCAAUGUUUAAAUGCAAUGAAUGAACUAGAAAUACUAAGAGCACGCCAUGCUGAAAUAAUGAAUCAAUGCGAAAAAGCUGCACAAGAAGCUGAAUAUUUUAGAAAGCAGCACAAGGUUAUGAUCUGUAGUCUAGAGAUGUCUAGUAAAGAAUUUCAAAGUCUUUCGCUUAAGUAUGAACAAAUAAAUGCAGAAAGGAACAAGUUAAAGCAAGAUUAUGAGGAAAUUGUUUUAUUGAGAGAGCAGGAAAAACAGGAGAAUAGUAAAUAUAAAAAAGAUUCUUUGAAUGCCAAAACAUUUGACGAUCUCUCAAAAGAAAAUGACAGUUUAAAGUUUAAUUUUGAUGAUACUCAGGAACUUUUUUUGUUUAAAAAAUGUAAACAUUUAGAGGAAGACAAUUCAAAACUUAAGCAACAAUACGAUGUGCUUAAGGCUGAUUAUGACCUAAUAGUUAUUGAGAGAAAUGCGUUAAAGCAACAAUGUGCUGCUGCAAUAUGUGGUUAUGAGAAGGCCUUACGUGAUCGUGAUGAUGCCAUGCAUGAUGUUUUACUACACAAACAGCAAUGGGUUGCAGCUGCUCGUGAACUUGAGCAGGCUGUUAGAUUAAAAUUACAAAUGAGCAAAGAUAUAAUUAAGUUACGAGAGGAACGCAAUUCUGCCUUGCAUGAAUAUAAACUUGUGAUGAGUGAAAGAGACACAGUUCACCAAGAAAUUGAAAAGUUACAACACGAUUUAGGAAUUACAAAAGAAGAAGCCAAAAAACUUAUUGACGAUAAAGAAAAAGUAUUUCUUGAAAAAGAAGGUCUUCAACAUGAAAUUAUUGCUGUAUUAGCUGAUAGAGAUCAAGCUUUUAAAGAAGUGCAUGAUUUACGUGUUCGGUUGCAAAUUGCACUUAAAGAAAAGGAACAAUCAGUAAAGCAGCUUGAAGAACAACAACAGGAUUAUGAAAUGCUUAAGCAAGAGCGAAAUGCUGCCCAGAAAGAGCGUGGGGAGGCAAUCAUCCAUAGAGAUAGAAUUUUAAAAGAAUGCUUUGAAGUUAAAAAUAUUCUUACUCUUAUCGAGCAAGGUAAAGGUGAUACAGAAAACUUAAAAAAACCGUUUGAUGAGCUCUCAAAUGAGUUGACUAAAGCAUGGAAUAUUGCUGAAGUCUCAAUGAGUCGUCGUGAUUGGGCUUUUAGUGUUCGAGAUAAAGUAGUGCGUGAGCUAGAAGAUUAUAAAGAAAAGUAUAAACAGUGUAUGCACAAAAAUGAGUUGCUUCAGGAUGAAUUGAAGGAAUUUAAAUCGGAGUAUGAACUAAAGAAAAAGUGGUUUGCAUCUAUAAUUCAACAACUUCAGCUGAGAUCUCCUGUUGGUUUUGAUCUUAGUUCAGUCCACUUGCAGUCAAGUCAAGAUUCUGCUAUCGACACUGACUCUCUGUCCUAUCAUAUUGAAACUGUUGUUCUUGAAAAGAAUAUGGAAGAUAAAACAUUUGGCUUUAAUAUUGGAGGAGGGAGUGAUGCUCCAUUAACUCCCCAUGAUUCUUCUGUAUUUGUUGUGGCUGUGCACCAAGGAACUGUUGCUGCUAAAAAAUUAAAGGUAAAUGACUGCAUUUUAAGUGUUAAUAACAAAGACAUGACGAAUGUUGAGUAUCAAACAGCAUACGAUGCUAUUAAUGGAAGUAAUAAACUCACUAUUACUAUAUUGAGGCACACCCGCUUAGGUAUCAGGACACCACUUCAUAGAGUGGAACUGAAAAGUAAAGAUGAAAAUAUUGGUUUAAGCAUUGACAGUGGUCUUCAUAUAAACAGAAUUGAACCUGGGAGUGCUGCAGCAAAAGAAGAAACUCUCUCUAUUGGGGACAAAAUUUUGUUUGUAAAUGGUUAUUCCAUGGAGAAUGUUCCUUAUGAUGAAGCAAUGUCUCUUUUAAAAGCUAGUAGUUUAAGUCUAACAGUUUUAAAACCCAGUAUUAGUUCUUCACAAAAAAUAUUCAGUGAUGAUGAUAAAUCUAGUAGUACUCGUCCAUUAGCCUCACAACAUGCAUUAAACCAAACGACGUCAAUAGACGAAGAAAUAGAUAAAAUCUUAUCCAUUAUGUGCAAUGAGGGUAGCUGCGGAAAAAGAGAUGAUAAACAAAAAGUUAUUUCCAGCCUAGACAAUCUAUUAUCUUAUAGGAAAAGUUCAUAUUUUAUGAAUUCGUUAACUAAGCAUCAAGGUAUUGAUCCAGCAAAUUGUCAAGUAUGUACAUCAUACACUAAUGAAAAAGCCUAUUUGUCAUGUAAACCAAAAUCUGUGCAAGGAUCUAAAGUAAACAAUGUGCAAUGCAGUAGUCGUCAUUCCUAUGAUUAUAGUUGUUUGAGUUCACCCUCACCACUCAUCCUUCCUUCUUCUCCUCUCAUUCCCUCUCUUAACAUAAAUAGAGCUGAUCCGUUAGCUUUUUCACCUCGAUCAAGUCAACAUUCAGAAUCAAAUUUAUCUACAAAGUAUUUUAGACCAACUUCAAUGAUAUUGUCUGGAAAUAAGUUCUUAGAUACAAAGCAUAAGACUAGACAGCCAAUUAGGGAAACCUAUUUAUCAUUAUAUCAAGAUAGUAUCGCUAACAAUCGUUCACGAAGAGCAGUAAGUGAAGUUUAUGAUAGCCAAAGUAAUUUACUUAAAAAACAUUUUAGUAAUAAUCAAAAUAAGAGUGAACAAUUUGGAACUUUUCCUGGAAAUAUGCGCCUUGAUUUACUUCAAAACAGUUGUUUUAAAAAUAAAAACACUCAUUCAUUUGGUUAUAAGUCAGGUAAUUCUUCAGACUUAUCUGAUAAAGCAGCGUCAUCCAAUUUUGGCAAUAUUGUAUCUGUACACGAAGAAACAGAUGAAAGUUUGCAAGCGUUUUCUCAAGUAAACAAAUUGGAAUCUAAAAACUCAAGCAUUCAACAGACCAAUAAAUCUUGCAGUGUUGAAAGCGGAGAUGAAGAGCCUCGUCUAAUAGUUAUUGAAAAAGGUCAAUAUCCUCUUGGCAUAACUAUUGCGCAGGGCAAAGAUAACGGAAUUUUCGUAACUGGCUUAAAUAAAGAGUCAAUUGCAUCAAAGGUUGGUUUAAAAUAUGGAGAUCAGUUAUUGGAGUACAAUGGUAUAAACCUACGAAUGGCAUCUUAUGAACAGGCAGAAUGGAUUUUGAAACAAUCUGCAAUCGAAAAUACUGUGACAGUCAGAGUGCAGUAUAAUCCUCACAGAAUACAAGAUUUGUUAAGCCAUAUUGAAUCCAAUUCACCGUUAAUGUCACCAGUAUUGCAUCGUGGAUACUCAUCAAGUUCGGCUGCAUCUAAUUUUCCUUCUAAGAGUCAACAGCAGGACUCGAGUUAUUACAGCUAUAAAGCAGCAAGUGCUUGUUUACCUUCUGACCAAUCUAAGAUUCAAGAUGAUGAGCUUAAAUAUGCGCCAAUUGCAGAAGAUGAGGAAGCUCGUCUUAUUCAUAUUGUAAGGCAGCCCAACACAGCACAUCUAGGUAUUGAAAUUAUUGGUGGGAACACUGUUGGCAUUUUUGUAUCUGAUAUCAAAAAAGAAAGCUUAGGAUUUUUGCAGUCAGGUUUGAGAUGUGGAGAUCAAAUUUUAGAGUACAAUGGAAAAUCAAUGUUAACAAUGACGCUGGAAGAAGCAACAUUAGAAUUAUUUAAACCAUCUGAUGUUGCCGAUUUUUAUGUGAAAUCAAAUUCAGGAGGAUUUUUACGUGCGCAAGUUGAGCAAGGAGAUCAUUUCUAUAUUCAAGCUUUGUUUGAUCAUUCUUCAACUACAAAAGGGGACCUUUCAUUUAAAAAAGGCGAUAUUUUAUUAGUAAAAUCCACUCUCUACAAAGGACAGCUUGGUGUUUGGUAUGCAAAAAUUGAGCAAGGUGAAAACAACAAAGAAGUUGAAGGAACUAUCCCGAGCACUGAAAAUGCUGAACAAGAGUUGUUACUACAUCGCACAUCAUCAUAUAAUGAUGACAAAUUAAAAGGUCGUAAAAGUUUAUUUCGUCGUAGCAAAAAAAGUACACAUGGUCAUUCAGCCAACCAUUCAAGGGAGAGUAGUGAUUCAAGACCUGAAAGUGAAUAUGCUCCUAUCAGCUUGACUUUAUCAAAUUCUUUUAGCUCAGGUACUUAUAAGUUUGUGAAAAAACACGACUCAUCUUUUCCUCGACCAGUUGUUGUUGUUGGUGCCAUGACUGAGGCAAUUUGUGACAAACUUGUUAUGGAAUCAGCUGCCUUAUUUUCUCGUUGUUUACCUGAAAUAUGCACUUCUUCAAAGCAUACAAUUGAUCGAUGUGUUGCUGAUGGAAAGUAUAUUGAUUAUAAAAUGACAAGAAAAAUUGAUCGCUAUGAAUGUAUAACACCACAAUCUAUCAAAGAUGUUGUCUUCGGAAAAUUAAAGCACUGCUUGCUUGACAUCAAUCCAUCAAGCAUUGAAAAACUAGCACCAUUGAAGCUCUACCCAAUUAUUAUCUUUAUCAAAUACAAGUCUGCUAAACAAAUCAAAGAAUUAAAAGAUGGUCACUACAUCAAAGAUAAAAUACCAACCAAAACAGCAAGAGAAAUGUUUGACAAUUUUUCUAUUAUUGAGAAAGAUUACAACAAAUUAUUUACUGCAAUUAUAAAUUGUACAUCUGGAUUAUCAAACUUAUGUAAUGAUAUUAAACACUGUAUUGAACAAAAUCAACAAAAAGUCUUAUGGAAUGACAUCAAUCCUGCAUGAUUUUUUU